AUGCUCUACGAUGACAGCCUUCCCGAGGAUCUCGAUGCGGAGUGUUCUGCGGCUCUCAUGGCGGAUGUUUCUUGUGAUCCUCUUGUGCCGGCCCUCCGCUGUGACUUCUGUUAUCCUCCUGCUACGUUGAUCCGCCUAUGUACUGCUGGAUGCGCUUCGGCGCUCCAGUCGUGGGAGAACUCGGUUCGUUUUGCGUGUGGCAGCGACAUUGUUAUUCCUGUAGAGAAUGACCUUGACGUAUUAACUAUUGUGAUCCCUACUAGCCGUCGGUAUAUCUACGAGUUCACGUGUCUCACGUAG